AACUCUUUUCGUAUUUUUAUUAUUUUUUAGAUAAAUUACCGUACACACUGCUGGUUUCUCUUACAUUACUUUUAUUUUGAAAAUGGAAGGGACGUUGUCAUGGGAAACGUUGUUAGCAUAAAGCGCUAGCUGGCUAGCUAUUUUUUUAUUGCUUUACCUCAGAAAUAGUACAUAUUUUGUCUUUUGUGUUGAAUUAUUCUCCAACAACAGUGAUGUGCUUGUUACUGGGUGCUACCGGCGUCGGAAAGACUCUGCUCUUAAAACGACUGCAAAAUCUGUGUCAGAAAGGUGAGGCUGCUGAUUUAGGAGAACCACCAGCUACAAUGCCCACGGUAGGCACCAACCUGACCGAUCUAACCCUGAGGAAGAGGAGAGUGACUGUGAGAGAGUUAGGAGGUUGCAUGGGCCCUAUAUGGCCAAGCUACUUCAGGGACUGCACAUCUGUUAUCUUCAUGGUAGACUCUGCCAACAUCACACAGAUUUCCUCCUCUUGCAUCCAGCUGCUGUGUGUCCUCUCGGCCGAGUCGCUCCGCUCUGCCUCUGUGCUCGUGCUGUUCAACAAGAGUGACCUGCAAUGCACCAUGUCGCUAGAGGAAAUGAAAUCACUCUUCAGGAUCCGUGACAUCAUUGCCUCCGCUCCUCAGUCCAUCACGGUUUUGGAGCUCAGUGCUCGCUCUGGAGAGGGCCUUCAGGAUAUCAUCAACUGGCUGGACUCGAAUCACCCUGACUGAUGUGGACAUACAAGAUACGGACACACAGAACCUAACCUUACACAAUGACAGAAACAUCUUGGUUAGGAUCACACCCCAGUUAGAGCAGCUUAAUGCAGCGAAAAUGAUCUAAUCAGCUCAACAUUUCGUGCAUUAGUUCACACUUUUGUGGCUGAUGAUAUGAAUAAUGUGGCCGUGAGAAUAAUUUAAUUCUCUCUGUAGAGACUGUGAUGUGCUCGGAGAUUACUCUCAGCAAACAGUUAACCGAUGCAAUAUUAAAUAGUUUGCACAAGUUUAUUAGGAAUUUUCUCACUUGGCCUUUUGCACUAAAUGUAGUUUGAUGGAGGACAGAAUGCAUUUUUUCACCUCCAGUAGCCGCAGAUACGAAGCUUACUGUACAAAGACCGACUGCUACGGUAUGAUGGUUACCGUAUUAUACACCAUCGGUAUAAGGUAUGGUGUUCACAGAAUACUUAGUGACCUCCUAGUCAUGGCUGCAGUGGCUUAAACAAGGUUACUUAUUGGUGUAUAUUUUGUGAAAUGAAUUAAAAUGCUAAUAAAAUUACUCAAGUUUGAA